AAUGCCGUCUCUCCAUCAUUUGAAGAUUGUGUUCUGUCCCAAGUUGAAGGCAUUGCCACGCCAGCUUCCUCCUGCUAUAUCAGACUUAGAAAUUGAAGAUGAUGGAAAGAUAGUGUGGACGCCAUCACUUCCGCCCUUCCUCGAGCGUUUGAUCAUAAACUAUAAGGUGAGAUCGUCGUUAAGGCCAUUACCUGUCAUCCCCAACCUCAAGCACUUGAAGAUAACGGGGCUCAAGGAGAACGAAUCACUCCCAGAUGGGUUGGGACAGCUUGAAGCGCUCCAGGCUCUUGAGAUCUCUUACUGUCCGAUGUUGAAUUCUUUACCUAAGGAGUUGCAACACCUCACUGCACUCAAAGAACUGAGAUUGUUUGAGUGCCCGCUCCUGAAAGAACGGAACCAGAAUGUCCUAGGGGAGGAUUGGCGUACGAUAGCACACAUCCCCAAUAUAUGGAUGGACGACGAGAAGAUCCAGUAAAAGAAACAAGGUAUCUGUACAGUGGCGAUUGGGGAAACACCCUCCCAUCAAAGAACUAACGAGGAAGAUGCCAAGAACGGUGCAAAACGCUUCAUUCAUCUAAAUUGGUUGUAUUUGCUACAUUUUAAUUUUUUAAAAGGGAGGGACGAAUAGAAACAUAGAGAUGUUUGUGAAAAGGCCUGUGAUCCCUAAAUGUGCGUGUGCAUGAUCUUUGAUUAGCUAAUGUUCAAUGGAAUGAAGGAUUACAUGCGGCCAACUGAAUGGUAGGUGACUCUGUAGUUGAGUGCUGUGGGGCCCACCGUGAUGUGCUGCAGAGUUCAUAGCCGUCCAUCAAAUGUGUCCGGUCAUGCUAGCCUAGGCUCCAACUCAGUGCGACUCAAUCAUCCAUCCCAUCCCUCUUCAAAAUAUGUUUUCAAGUCUCUCUCUC